AUGGAGUUCGUAACGGCCCUCCGGGGCACCUUCGACGAGCAGAAGCCGUCUCUCUUCGAGGUCCUUUCUGAGCAGCAGCUCAACGCCCUCCUCCCGCCGACCCUCCGCUACCUACUUACCAUCGCGACGCAUCGACACCCACGAUAUCUUCUAAGAAUACUAAACUCGUUCGAUGAGAUAUACGCUGGUGUUAUGCUCCUCGUUGAGCGGCAUUACCUGCGCACCCGAGGCGGCUCCUUUACAGAGAACUUCUAUGGCCUCAAGCGCGAAAAGGGCCUCCAUGCCGAGGUGCCACGCGCGAGCAUGUCGUCACCUGAUAUUGUGCGCGAGACAUUGAAACUCACGACCAGGGACGUGUGGAAGAAUCUGCUCGUCAUUGUCGGCAUCCCUUACUUGAAACGGAAGCUUGACGAGAGCUACGAGGUGAAUGCGCCAAGAGCUCUUCUCGGGGCGGCAUACACGCGAAUGCCAGACAACCCGACUCUUCGCGACCGAUUUCUAUACUAUUACCGAUGGUUCCUCAGGAACAUAUACCCGAGCGUCAAUGCCGGCUAUUACUUUGCCAUGCUUGCUUUCAACGUGGCGUACCUGUUCGACGGGAGCAAAUAUCACAGCCCGCUCCUGUGGCUAAUAGGAACACGUAUUCGAAGAAUGUCCGGGGCAGAUUACAAGGCCAUUGAGGCUUUGACACAGACACCCGAGACAGGACACAGACCUGGGUGGCGAUCGUUGUUAAACCCCCGUGAAAUGGGACCGCGGGUAUUGUCAAGCUUAUCGAUUUUGCUACCGACAAGUAUCUUUGCCCUCAAAUUCUUGGAAUGGUGGUAUCAGUCGGAUUUUGCGAAGCAGCUCUCACGAAAAGCGACGGAAAGUGUUGAUUUGCCUCCGCCUGUGAUUUCGGCAGAUGGCAAGGGAGGCCUCAACAAGAAGAAGCCAGAAGUGAAGAAAGAGGAGUCAAACGAGGGAGACGCAAUCCCUUCAGCAGAAGAUGCACCCAUCGCCACUCCCUCGUUGCUCCCUGUCUAUACAAUUCCAUUUCCCAGCGAUUCGGCAUUGUGCCCCAUUUGCGUCGAUGAGAUCGUCACUCCAACAGCCUGUCAAACCGGCGUCGUUUAUUGCUACACAUGUAUCCACAAAUGGAUCGAGGGCCAACAUCAGAAACAAGAGGAUUUUAUGGAGUCGCGCGAGGGAGACUCCUUGAUCUCUGGUUUCGACUGGUUCAAUGGCCGUGAUCUUUCGAAUGGAUUCGUACAAUAUCAAGACCUAGAGGGUGCCGAUCAAUAUGGUUUAUACUCCGUGGAUCCUUUCAGUAAUACUGUUCGACUCAGACCCGACUCUGCUAGAAAAUUUGGUCUGGAUGAGGGACGACCUAGUAUUCGACUUGAAAGCAAGGAGUCCUACCAAUAUGGAUUGUUCAUCGCAGAUUUCCAACACAUGCCCAUUUCACAAUGUGGUACUUGGCCAGCCUUCUGGGCAUAUGGUGCUAACUGGCCCAACAAUGGCGAAGUUGAUAUCCUUGAGGGUGCCAACUUGGCUUAUACUAAUAUCAUGUCUGCACACACGGCCGACGGCUGCAUGCUAGAUCCCGCAGACUCGAAUCUCUUCUCUGGAAAUCCUCAGAGCUUGGACUGUGCCGUUGGUACAGACAAUGUUGGAUGUGGUUUCACUCCGCCCGCCAGCGACACUUCCUCCUACGGUGAUGGCUUCAAUGCUGUCGGUGGUGGUGUAUAUGCUAUGGAGUGGGACUCCGAGUACAUCUCGAUCUGGCACUUCCCACGGGGCGCAAUUCCGGCUGAUAUCGAAGCCAAACGACCUGAUCCUAGGAAAUGGGGACUUCCUCAGAGUUUAUUUGGUGGUUCAAAAUGCAAUGUUGACGAAUACUUCAACAAUAUGAGGAUUGUUCUGAAUAUUAACUUUUGCGGCGAUUAUGGCGAGGGAACCUGGGGAAGUUCUGAAACUUGUCGAGCUCUCGCCCCAACUUGUCGCGAAUAUGUUGCAAACAACCCUCUGGAUUUCCAAGACACAUAUUUCGAUGUCAGCUACAUCGAUGUCUACACUCGCCUGGGAGGAGCCAUCCCGCCUGUUGUUCCAUCAGCAACCAGCGAGGCACCUACCGAGAUCUCCAUCCCUUCAGCUAGCACUCCCGGCCCCAACACUCCAAUUUCAGGAAACACUAGAUUCCCGAACAGCACCUCCAUCGUCACUCGUCCCAGGCCUGAGGAAGAUGCAUCCGCAACAGAAGAGCCCACAACUACAACUACCUUGACAGGCAUCUCUUCUGUCCAGGUGACAAUUCCCGGCUCUGGAACCAAUAGUGCAACUGUCAGCUCUCUUCCUGUUGCUACGGGUGGAAGCUCAGUUAACCCAGCUAAGAUUGAUGAUUAUGCAUACCUUGGUUGUUUUGGAUCGCAGACUGGUUUCCAGACGUUCAAUGAGAAAGCUGAGAGCGAUGACAUGACUAUUGAAAAGUGCAUUGAAGCCUGCAACGGUUUGACUUAUAUCGGUAUCUUUGAAGGAACCUGCUAUUGCGCCUCUAAGCUUGACGCCGAUACCCGUGCUUUGCGCAACGAGUCUUCAUGCAAUCGCCCUUGCCCUGGAAACGACGAGCAAUUCUGCGGUGGCAUGGUUUCUCAGAGGUCAAAACGAAGCAUCCCUCUCCGCCGAGACGCCCCCAACAAUAUCCUACUCACAGUUUAUGCCGACACCAGCGACGCUGGACAGCCUGAUGUGCCACCUGGCAUGGGCCCCGGUGUUGAUGGAACUGCCGCUGGUGGCUCAUCAAGUCCAACUAGUGGAAGUGGUCAAGGCCGCUCGCCUGCUGAUGGAGCAGAUGGCUCGACCGAAUCAGAUGGUCAAACAGGAGACUCAGCUCAACGCACUGCGAAUGGACAAGCUGGUUCAGGCGAUGACUUGCCCGCGGCUACUAAUAACAGAGUGGUUGAUGAUACCGCUACAGUAACCGACGUUGUAAUUGGCACUGAUGUGGACGCUGUGGUUUUCAGCACUUUAUCUGAUGGUCAAGUUCUUGAAGCAACACAGGCUAUCCCCGACACAGGCCGGACAGUUGUCACAAGCACGAUCACUUUCUUCACAGUUCUCCCAUCGAACCCUGGAUCACUUGUGCCUCAAGAAAGCAUCGUCACUAUGAGCUACUCGCAGUGUGACUACUGCGAUACCCCCACGCUGAUUCAGCCACCAAUGGCGACCAAGGUUGUUGAAUGCGCCGGCUGUGGCACAAAUGGUGAAAACUCAGUCACAUUGACUGUGCCCGUCCAUGUCACCGUCACCGUUACUGGUAUAAAUGCAACCCAGGCGACCGGAAACGCGGCUGCAGGAGUCAUCCCAGACCAGACUCGUGAGAUCCCUCCUAUUGUACCAACCGGAAUGGGAAGCAAUGCAAAUGGUGGCCCUGAAGUCACGACGAUCGUGAUAACAUACUUGACAACCCAGCUCAACCCUGCGGCGCACGGUUGUCGUCACAGUCGCUGA